GCAGGGGCUGCCUCUCGGCCCUCCAGCAACAGCGGCGGCGGCGGCAUCCUCAGCCCUGGCGAUGCAGGCACCAUCCCCCGCCCCUGGUGAGCCGCAGUGCUCCAGGAGGGGCCCCCGCUAGCCCCUGCCCAGUCCAGCCGUGCAUUCAGCUCCGGCGAGGAAGGGAUGGGCGUGAGGGCAGCUGUUCCUGUCCCCUGCUCAGCAGCAGCAGGAGAGUCAAUGCGGCAGCCUCCCCACUGAAGGAGCAGUGGGCAAAGCCAGUGCGGUUAACUGAGGACUGUGUGAAGCUGCCCUCCUCCUCCUGCCCCUCUCCCGCUUGCAUUGCCUGCUCUUGCGUUCUUCCCGUUAGGAACACCCCAGCCCAGCCUCUGGAUCCCCUCUGCAAGGCUCAGCCAUGGGGGCGCUGACUAGCAGGCAGAACGCAGGGGUGGAAGAGGUGGACAUCCCUUCUAAUUCAGUCUACAGAUAUCCUCCUAAAUCUGGGAGCUACUUUGCCAGCCAUUUCAUCAUGGGAGGUGAGAAGUUUGACUCCACGCACCCGGAGGGCUACCUCUUUGGAGAGAACAGCGACCUGAACUUCCUGGGAAACAGACCUGUAGUGUUUCCUUACGCCGCCCCACCCCCACAGGAGCCGGUGAAGACACUCAGGAGUUUAAUCAACAUUCGCAAGGACACUCUGCGUCUAGUCAAGUGCACGGAGGAAGUGAAGAUCCCUGGCGAGGAAGUCAGCAAAGCCAAGGUCCGCUACAACGUGGAGUUCACCUUUGAUACUGACGCGCGAGUGGCCAUCACCAUUUAUUACCAGGCUACCGAAGAAUUCCAGAAUGGAGUAGCCAGCUACCUCCCCAAAGACACCAGCUUGCAGUCAGAGACGGUUCAUUACAAACGAGGGGUGUGUCAGCAGUUCUGCGUCCCCUCCCACACCGUCGAUCCUUCCGAAUGGGCAGAAGAGGAGUUGGGCUUUGACCUGGACCGAGAGGUGUAUCCCAUGGUGGUGCAUGCAGUCGUGGACGAGGGAGAUGAGCACCUUGGCCACUGCCACGUACUGCUAGCGACGUUUGAGAAGCAUGCAGAUGGUAACUUUUGUGUGAAGCCCCUGAAGCAGAAACAAGUGGUGGAUGGAGUUAGCUACCUCCUUCAGGAGAUCUAUGGGAUCGAGAACAAAUACAAUAUACAGGACUCCAAGGUGGCUGAGGACGAGGUGAGCGAUAACAGCGCAGAGUGCGUGGUCUGCCUCUCGGAUGUGCGGGACACUCUGAUUCUACCCUGCCGCCAUCUUUGCCUCUGUAACACUUGUGCGGACACCCUGCGUUACCAAGCCAACAACUGCCCCAUCUGCAGGCUGCCAUUCCGAGCCUUGCUCCAGAUCCGAGCAAUGAGGAAAAAACUUGGCCCUCUAUCUCCAACCCGCUUCAGCCCAAUCAUCUCCUCCCAAACUUCUGAUUCUGAGGAGCACUCGUCUUCUGAGAACAUCCCUCCUGGUUACGAGAUAGUGUCUCUCCUGGAAGCUCUCAACGGGCCUCUCACUCCGUCCCCGGCCGCCCUUCCACUGCAUGGGCUUGGGGACAGCCACGGGACAGGGAUGCUGCCGUCGUAUGGCAGUGACGGCCACCUGCCUCCCAUCAGGACGCUCUCUCCCCUUGACCACUUGUCGGACUGCGGCAGCCAAGGGCUCAGACUCAAGAAGAGCCUGUCAAAGUCAGUUUCCCAGACUUCCUCGGUCCUACACGAAGAAGAUGAUGAGAAGUCUUGCAGCGAAUCGGAAAUCAGGAUUUUCAGGAGGAAGUCUCCUUAUCAGCAUGAGGAGGAGUGUGGUGUGACACCGGAGAGCGAAAACCUCACCUUGUCCUCCUCAGGAGCAAUAGAUCAGUCUUCGUGCACAGGAACCCCUCUCUCCUCCACCAUCUCCUCCCCAGAAGAUCCUGGCAGCAGCAGCCUGGCCCAGUCCAUCAUGUCCAUGGCCUCCUCCCAAAGUCAGCACUCCCAGAUCAGCACUGACACCAUGUCUUCCAUGUCUGGCUCCUAUGUCGCUCCGGGCACAGAGGAAGAGGGGGACAUGCUCCCAUCCCCUGCUGCUGCCAGUGGGAUUCCUUCAGAAGAAGAGUCAACCCCUGUGGAAUCUCCAGAUAGGAAUUUUGUCAGUAUCCCUGCGGAGGAGCAAGACUCAGAGGGAAACGAUGUCAUGGAGGAAGAGGACAGAUCUCCCACCCAGGAAGAUGGCCAGAGGACAGGUGCUUUCCUAGGUAUGGAGUGUGACAAUAACAAUGACAUUGACAUCGCGAGCGUGAAAGCGCUGGACAAUAAGCUGUGCUCUGAGGCCUGCUUCCCUGGCAUCAAGGGCUCAGAUGACAACGCCCUGACCCGCAGGCCUGCCCAGAGGCACCGUCUGUCUUCCAGCAACAUCAGCCUGGGAGAGGAGGAAGAUAUGCAGUGCAUGGUGGGCCCGCUGGCUGUCUGAAGAGACUCCACCCUCUCUGGGACUGCAUGCUCAUUCCAGCAUCACACUGGAAGGAGGGCAAAGCCCCCACCACCACCACCACACUUCCCCAGCACUAAAGAAACGCAGAGCAGCAGCUCUGUGGGCAUUAACACCUCAAAUCCAGCUGAUGUAGCGAUACUGAUUUUUAUGCAAUUGAACCUGGACGUCUCAUUGCUCCUCUUUGUGGACCCUUUCCCGAUAUUUAUGCUAAGACAAACUGGGCUCACCGCGAUCACACCAGAAGGGGUUUUGUUUGAAUUAAGGAAGAGUGUGAAGCUUUCCAGUCUCCUCCUGACAUCUGCCCAUGUGCUGAAGCCAAAGGCUACACCCAUGCACUCCUGGCCCCUUCAGUGUGGUGACCAGAGAAUAGGGGAGGAAAAAACUGAUGUUUUGCACCCUUCCUCCACUCCUGCCUCUUCUCUCCAGUCUGCACUGAUACUUUGAGCCUCUAGCUUCUUAGCUGGGCCCCAGGGCAGCGCUGAAAGGUCUGCGUGCGUGACCCCGCAGGAGAUGUUCCAGGGCGGGAGGUCUGCAUGAUGUCGAGGGCCUCCCUCCGGGGAAGUGGGGGAGGGGAACGAGCAUUCCUCUCCAGGUUGGAAAGGCGGGCGCUGUCUGCACUUGGUGGUUGGUCAACAGAGGAGCAUGACUAGGAGCAAGCCUAGCUGCCCAUGGGCAGGCUCUCCCUCCCGUGUCCAUGUGCAUGUAGAGGCACUCGCAAUUAGCUCACAUCCAUCUACCUCGCAAGCGUGCAGUAUCCACCUCGCUCGCUCAGCUGCAUGCACGCUGCUGGUGUAAGUUUCCCCAAAGCCUGAGCCACAUAAGGCUAAAUCCUAAUCUCAUCAAAGUCAAUAGGAAUGUGGCCAUUGCCUUUAGUGAGACCAGGAUUCAGCUGCCCAUGGUCGUGGUGAGUCUCCGAGGGGCAGGUUCACACACACUACAUGGGGCUAUCUGUGCUGGUGCAUGCAAGCAGAUGAGCUUACAAAUGAGGGCUGGCAUACCUGAGUAGGUGCACUUAAGCGUGCAAAAGACCGUGCAUAUGUAGGCUUAUAGAAUCAUAGAAUAUCAGGGUUGGAAAGGACCUCAAGAGG